CUCCCUCUCCAUCCCACUGCCGAGCGCCCCAGCUCCGUCGCUCGUCUUCCUCCUCGCGCAAGCGCCCGCCACCAGAUAGAGACGAGGAUGUGGCAUUCCUUCACUGUGAAUGAGCACUCUUCCUUGCUUUGAGGUCAAGAUAUGGUGUUCCGGAAGAUGCCGGGUAGAGGAUCCUGCGGGCGCGGGCGUGGGCGCGGCCGCGGCAGCGGUCAAGUUCGUGCUACACCAUGUGCUACAACUUUGGCUCCGGUCAAACGCUCUGCACGACUAAAGAAAAAACAGAUGUAUGCACUUGAUUUGCUUGCUACAGUUGCAGAAACGCUGUCAUCAGAUCAGGAGGGUUCAUCUAGUGGAACGGACACAGAUGGAGCAGUUGCAAGUUAUAAUUCAAAUGGGACAUCUGUUAAAUCAGAACAAUUUGAUGAAGUCCCACCGUUCAAUAGCACAGCUUUGGGGCAAAAUUGCUGCGAAGAAUAUACAGUGAGCUGUGCUGGUACCUGUGCCUCUCUUAGACAAACUAACAUAUGCAAGAUGGAGAGCUUAUUGACCCAAAAUGUGGCUGAUACAGUAUCGGAGUCACUAACAGAAAAGUCAGAUGUGUUUGUUAAGGGCUCACCAGUUAGUUGUACAAAACCACGUCGAUUGGAUUGUGGUCUUGGCACAAUCCCAGAGUAUGGAACAAUUGGAGUGUGCCCUCGUUGUCCGACAAGAUCAGUAGAGGUUAAACAAGAGGAUGGAGACAGACCAGAAGUGAUCAAAAGUCAAGUAGAUGGUAGUGCGGCAACUCUGCAUAGUUCAGUUGACACCAUGGAUCUGGAUAUAAAACCUCCAUUCGUGAUUAGCUCUGAGAGUACCUCAGGAGUGCACUUGGAUGUCCAUGAAAAGGGUCAUAAUUCUUCUCCAUUCUGUUUCAGUAAAGUGCAGCAUGCUGCAGGUAGAAACGAUGACGAAAAUCUCCCCCGAUGCGUGCAUCCAAACACCUCUGGAAUUAAGGGUGGUUAUUUGCCACAUUAUUUAGGUGACUGUAGGACAAGGAGAUUGUUUGCCACCAGGAUAAGGAAGGCUGCUCGUAAUAAGAUAUGUGGAAAGAUGUCCAAUAAAGGUAGCAAGCUGAAUUUCCGUGGAAAGAAGAUAUCCACUGCACGCCGAAGGGUGCAAAUGCAUCGAACAAUGCUCAAGACAAAAAAAGUAGCUGAAUUUUACUCUGCACAACCAUCCGAUGAAGAGACCCUAACUGAAACCAGCGGGACAUCAUUCUCUAUGGGAGGUCAGGAUCCACCAUGUGCUUCUGAGGGCUGUCAUGUCAAGUUCGUCAUCAAGUCAUUCAACAUCCCUGAGCUAUUAAUUGAGGUCCCUGAAAAUGCAACAGUUGGUUCAUUGAAGAGAAUUGUAAGAGAUGCUGUUACUAAAACAAUUGAAGGCAGCCUCCGUGUCAGUGUACUUCUUCAAGGACAGAUCAUUCAAGAUGACAAUAAGACGCUUCAUCAGGCUGGGAUUUGCCAUGGGGCAAAACUAGAUAGCAUGGGCUUUACGCUGGAGUGUGAAGCUGAGCGAGGUUCUCACCCUUCAGCAAUACCACCAGAAGAAAUGGAACCUGUUGGUGUAUCUGAUGUGAAACCAUUAUCUACGGUGAAGUGGGAAGAACCUUCCCCAAGCUGCAGUCUGAGCAAUCCUGGGGAUUAUCCUUUUGAAGGGACUGUACAAGAUACAUCAGAAAGCUCCCAAGCCAUUGGCACUGCUCCAACUCUGAAUGUAACUGAGCUAGCCAUCGUGCCAUUCUCCAAGUCAAAGCAGAGGGAUUUUGGGCAAAGACGUAAAAGAAGGCCCUUCUCUGUUGCUGAGGUUGAGUUAUUAGUGGAAGCAGUCGAACAGCUUGGAUUUGGAAGGUGGAAAGACGUUAAAUUCCAUGCCUUUGGCAGCAAUAACGAGAGGACCUAUGUUGACUGCAAGGACAAGUGGAAGAACCUGGUGCACACCGCCAGCAUACCCCUGCAACUAAGGAGAGGCCAAGCGAUCCCUCCGCAAGAACUACUCGACCGCGUGCUCGCGGCGCAAACCUACUGGUCUGUGCAGCAGCCAAAGCCUGAGCCUCGUUGAUGUCAACAAACUUUGGUUUGCCUCAGGAAGAAGGCAAAACUGAUCCUUGUGUAAAAAGAAACUGUAUCCAGUAGGCUGGAGAUGGUAUGUAAUGUAGGGGGGGGGGGGGGGCAGAGGUGAGGGGUGUGUGUUGGGGGUCCAAAGAGGGUAUGAGUUUUUUUACUGCUCCAACUGUGUACGGUUUCUCAGUCUAGGGUUUUGAGUCUGAGUUUGUAAAAUGAUUCGGACAAAGGGAACUAUUUAUAUGUAAUGGCGGGCCGUCGUUGGAUGGGCCGUGAAGAGGCCCAGCUAACUGUUGUUGGUUGCCAAUUCGGCGGCGUCAGGCCUGACGUCAACUUAA